AUGUUGUAUGCCCAGAUCCUUGCCCUGGCAGUGGCUGUGGUGCAGUACAGAGCCGUGGCCAUUCAUGAAGCAUGCAGGACAGCGGAGGUGGCCGACAUUUUGUUCCUCGUGGGGCAGUCACCGGGUGCAGGGAGGGAGAGCUCCUGGCUGGUCAAGGACUUCAUCGGCAGCAUGGCCCGUUCCUUUGAGAACGUGGUGAUGGGCAAAGGAGGCAUCCGGCUGGCAGUGGCACUCUACGGGGAGAAACCAAGGAUGAGUAUUGAGCUCACGGAUUACGUGACCAUUGAAGAAAUGCUGGUGGCAAUUCAGGAUCUCUCCCUCAAAGGCGGCAGCUUAAGAACAGGGUCAGCCCUGGCGUUUGCGGCUCACGCCAUGUCUCGCCUGGACACGCUGCGAGAGGACGCAGCAAAGGUAGUUGUUUUGAUCACGGAUGGGAAAUCCAGUGAUGCGGUUGAAGAUGAAGCCCGGGUCCUGCAGGAUGGGGGGGUGACGGUGUUUGCUGUAGGAAUUAAGGACGCUGACAAGAAUGAACUGAACAAAAUAGCUUCAGAACCCACUGGAGAGCACGUGCUUUACAUUGAAGAUUUCCACCUGCUCCACAACGUGGCCCUCAAACUCUCUCGAAGGCUCUGUUUCACUGCCUCAGAACCGCCACGACCCGUCAAACAGACUGUGCAAGCUGAGAAAAUCAUCGGCCCCCGGGAUUUGUAUGUCAGCGAGCACAGCCACAGCUCACUGCGACUGACGUGGAUGCCAGCUACAGGGAGGGUGACGGGGUACCGUGUCCAUCUGCAUCCCUUGCUGCCUUCAGGGCAGCCGGUUUCGGAGGACCAACGGCAGAUUGUGGUGGAUGGUGACAAAAGCACCGUGCUGGUGACUGAUCUGAAACCCAACACCAAGUAUGUCUUCACGGUGAGGGCCGUCUAUGCAGAUGCCCUUGGGGAGUCAGCAGCUGUCAAGGGGAAAACAACACCUGUGCCUCCAGUCACUAAUUUCCGUGUGAUAGAAGAAGGACUUUUUAGCUUGAAGGUGACUUGGACACCUCCACUGGGCAAACUGGAGGGCUACAAGAUCUACAUCCCCAGAGCCAACAGACCGGGAAUGACCUACGAGCAGGUUCUGCGGGGCGAUGUCUCUUCCCAUGUGCUGGAUAACUUGCAGGAGGAUAGAGAAUACAGCAUCAGCAUCUACGCGGUGUACCCCCAGGGGCCGAGCCAGCCUGUGGCUGCUGUGGGGAGAACAUUGAAGCUCCUGCCUGUGAAAAGCAUCUUGCUGCAGAAUGAAACCACCGACACGCUCCAGGCAAGGUGGAGCCCCGUCCGGGGAGCAACAGGGUACAGACUCACCUGGACAUCAGCAGAGAGCAGCAUCCAGGACGUGAACCUCAGCAACACCUACAGCUACUACAUGAUCCAGGGGCUGCAGCCUGGCACAGAGUACACCGUCACCAUCAACCCCAUCUUUGGGGAUGUUGAGGGGCCGGUGGUGAGCGGAAAAGCGACGACGGUGGCAUCGAGCACCGUCCAGAUGCUGAAAGUGAGUGAGAUAUCCAUCAACAGCGCUCUGGUCUCCUGGGACUCGGUUGCUGGGGCCACUGGGUACCGAGUGGCUUGGGGUCCUACACCAGAGUUCUUUGGCAAAGACCGCCCUCGCCAGCUGGCCCUCAACAAGUCGAUCACAGCCUACCACCUCCGCAACCUGGCCCAUGACACUGAGUACGUGAUUUCCCUGUACGUGCUCUUUGGCUCAGUGGAGGGACCGGGGAUCACAACCUCAGCCAGGACAUCUCCUCUUGGCUACGUCUCCAAUUUCAAGGUGAUGUCCUACACCAGCACAAGCCUGUCUAUGGCGUGGAGUGCCACAGCAGCUGCCACCAAAUUCAAAGUCACGUGGAGCCCUGUGGGAGCAGGCAAAGAAAAACAGGUUGCCAAGACUCAGUACCUGGGCAGUAGAGUGUUGGCUUACCGGAUCGACCACUUGCUGCCUGACACUCUGUAUAAAGUCAGCGUUCGGGCUGUCUUCAGCAAGACCGAGGGGCCAGAGGUGACUCUGACUCACCGCACAGCAUCUUUUGCAGACUCCAACGCCAUCCAGACCAUCCAAGAUCUGAGGAUUACUGACACUGGUGUAAAUAGCUUGAAGCUGUCUUGGAGGAGGCUUCCUGGCGUGACUCACUAUAAGAUAUCCUGGGUGCCGUUCAACGGUGGCUUGGAAACCUCCCAGCUGGUUGCAGCAGAGACAGUCUCCUUCACGAUCCCCAAACUGAAGGAGAGCACCACCUACACCAUCUGCAUGUCUGCAGUGAUCAGGGGACGGGAGGGAAGCCCCACGCUCCUCACAGCCAAAACCUUGGAUUUACCCAAAGUGACUGAGUUCAUGGUUCAGGACGCUGCGGAGACCAGCGUUUUGCUGACUUGGAUGGCUGUUCCUGGAGCAUCCACGUACCUAUUAACAUGGCGUUUGUCCUCAGGUUCUGAUCUUUCCCAGGAACUGUUAUCAGCAGCUUCUAGAUCGUACCGAGUGACAGGACUGAGCGCCAAAGAAAUGUAUUUGUUUUCUAUAAGACCAGUCUUUGGAGAUAGAGAGGGACCAGAGACAACACUCCUUGGGCAAACAGUGGGACCUCACAGAGAGUCACCUGUGCCAAUUGCUCCAGUGACUUCUACAAAAUUGGAUACGAUGAGAUCCCCAUCCAUAUCUCCUAGCAAUGUGGGGACCACUCCUCUUCCACUGGCCACCACCACAACACUACCACCAACCCCAGAGACCCUACUAUCGACCACUGUAGUGUCUGCACUGCUGACAACUCUCCCUGGGCCAAUCUGUGGCAAGUUCAAAGCAGACAUUGGGUUCCUGGUGGACGAGUCCUCGAGUAUUGGCCAGAGCAAUUUCAAUAAAGUGAAGGAUUUCCUCUUCCGGAUCAUUUCCUAUUUCCCUAAGAUUGGGCCUGAAGGGACACAGGUUGCUGUUGCUCAAUACAGCGAGGAGCCCAGGGCAGCCUUCUACUUCAGCCAGCACCGUGACCGUAACAGUGUCCUGAAAGCCGUCAAGGGACUGCCCUAUGCUGGAGGCAACACAAAAACGGGUCGUGGUAUAGCCUACAUGCUAAAGGAGUUAUUUCAGUCCUCCAGAGGGAUGAGACCAAAUUUCCCUCACACGAUGGUGCUCGUGACUGAUGGGCAAUCCCAGGAUGACGUGUUGCCGCCAGCCAGACUAGCCCAUGCUUUGGGGAUCCGCAUCAUUGCUGUGGGUGUCUCAGGAGCUGACCCCGUUGAGCUCAACAGCAUCUUGCUGCAGCAGAACCUCCAGAACGUUUUCUACGUCAGCACGUUUGACGACUUCCCCCAGAUCCUCCGAGAGCUGAUAGAAGUAAUUUGUUCUGACCCUCAGCCUUCAGGGGCCCAGCUACCAUCUGGGGAGAGCUUCAGGGGCUCACCGGCUCAUGGAGGCUAUGACCCAUACAGCUUUACUACAAAGGGAGAGAAAGGAGAGCGGGGUCUACCUGGGAAGGAUGGCAUUCCUGGGCUGCCGGGCAGACCGGGGCGGACAGGUCUUCCUGGUCCCCCUGGACUCAUGGGUCUCCCUGGCAUCCAAGGUGAUAUUGGAUCUCCUGGCUAUCCAGGACCAGUGGGGCCAAAAGGAGACAGAGGCGAACCAGGCUAUGUCCUGGGAGGAGUGGAGGUGAUUCCUGGCCGAAAUGGGCAGCCUGGCCCCCCUGGACAGAAAGGGCAGCCGGGGGUUCCUGGGGUAGCAGGACCACCAGGUUUACCAGGUUUACCAGGGCCACAGGGGCCACCAGGGAUCUCCAUCAAGGGCCAACCAGGAGAUUCAGGUAUCAGGGGCCCUCGUGGGAGGAAUGGCCUCAAGGGUGACAGAGGAGGCAUGGGAGAGCCGGGGAAACCUGGCUUGCCAGGCCCUGUAGGGCUAGCUGGUGUUCCUGGACUGCCUGGACCAAGAGGAGAAAAGGGGAUGGCAGGAACUGGCAUUCCUGGCGCUGUUGGCCCAAAGGGGGAAGAAGGAGAGCAGGGGGUGAUGGGACCUCCAGGAGCACCAGGACCAAAGGGACUCCCAGGACCUCCAGGGCAGAAAGGAGACCAAGUUUUGGGACCUCCAGGCAAGAAAGGUAUCAGGGGAGAUACUGGGCCAACAGGGGCCCUGGGACCACAAGGAGACAAAGGAAUACAAGGAGACAAAGGAGAGAAGGGAAGUCCAGGUUUCGGCAUUCCUGGUCAACCUGGGCUGAAGGGAGAUCCAGGCGACAGGGGAAAUGUAGGUUUGUCUGGCAAACCAGGUCUGAAAGGAGAAAAAGGUGAACCAGGAUUACCUGGGAAACCAGGCGAGACCGGACUAAGAGGUAAAGAUGGAGAAGCUGGUGUCCCUGGAGAACCAGGAGAGAGAGGAAUCAGGGGUCCACCUGGACUCCCAGGACGGCCUGGAGAGCAGGGGAUAAAAGGCGAUACAGGACAACCUGGAAAGGAAGGGGAUUGCGGGAAGGAUGGCUUGAAAGGCGAAAGAGGUCCUCCAGGCCCAAAGGGAGAACCUGGUCCACCAGGCAAAGGAGUGGAAAUGAAGGACCUGGAGAGGCUUUUUGAAGCAAAUGGUAUCAAGCUAGCACUGCUGAAGGACCUCUCUAACGCACUCCUGCGGGACGGGCUGGAUGGGCUGGUACGGCAGCUGGGUGGCUCCAGGACAAGCAAGACCUCCAGGAGAAAGCAGGCAGCUCUGCCGUUGCAGGAUUCACUGGUGUUUGAUACUUCUCGUGAUGCCCUGGCCAGCACCGAGGUGACAGAAGAAGCACAGAGUCUGGAGGUAGAGGCUCAGUUUAGGGUGCCGGUGUCUGGAGGACUCCCUAAGAGCUUGGCUGUGCCCCCAUCACACCCAGAAGAUGAUCUGCAAGGAAACCAGUCCAUGGAGCUUCUCGAGUCCUUGGAGGAGAGGGUAGAAGGACAACCAGAGCAGGACACCAGCCAUGAAAAUGUGAAUUCAGGCGAUGGCUCUGCACUCCCAAGGCAUGUUAGAGCCAGGAGAUCUGCCGAGCAUGAUAGACACAUGGUAAAGACCCCGUUUCACCGCAGCGGCUUCGGGCUGGCCUGCGUGCAAGAGCAGAGCCAUCAGUGUGAUCCAGGAGGAAGCGGUGACCCUUCCUUGUUGGCUCCAUCCCAGGUUCAUCCCCCCGGCGCCCCGGGAGCUCGGAAAUCCCUGUCUGGAUCCGCGGGAAAAGUUUCUCCAACUGCUCUCACACUUCCCUCUUUUCUUUUUCAAUUCAAGGCGUACCCAGGCCCUCAUCACCCGAGGAGAAUUAAGAAGGAGGAAACUGGCCCAGCAGAUCCACCCUCCCAUGGCCAAAAGGGAGAAAUGGGAGCUCCAGGAGUCCGUGGAGACAAAGGAGAAAAGGGGCAGCCUGGGGAGAUGGGGGAACCUGGAGAAAAGGGCACCAAAGGAGACAGAGGUGAAAAUGGUCAAAAGGGAGAACCAGGAAUUGGGUUCAGAGGUCCCAUUGGUCAGGCUGGGCCACCUGGAUUUAAGGGUGAGCCAGGGGCCCCAGGACCUCCAGGAGCUCAGGGCAUCCAGGGCAUUCGCGGCAAUGCCGGCACCCCUGGGUCACAGGGGGACAGAGGAGCUCCAGGUCUGCCUGGGAUGCCAGGACAGAAGGGGGAGCGUGGGAGGAGAGGCCGGAAUGGAUUUGCUGGGCCCGCGGGACCAUCAGGAUCCCCAGGAAAAGAGGGGAUUCCUGGGACACCUGGACCCAAAGGCAACAAGGGAGAAAUCGGCAUUGGAGCAGUUGGCCCAAGAGGUCCUCGCGGUCUGCCUGGCCCUCGGAGUUGGGACUGUGCGUGUUGCAUUUCUCUUUGCUGAUGCCCAUCACUACCCCUCUCCAUCCUACAGGGUGACGAGGGCAUCAUGGGAGUCCGGGGCCCCACUGGCACGAUGGGUCUAAAAGGCUUCCCGGGUGUGAAAGGCGAAAGAGGUGAUCGGGGACUUCUGGGACCCAAGGGAGAAAGAGGUGAGCCCAGGACUAUUUUUGGACCCCAGGGCUAUAAAGGCAGUAAAGGAGAUCCUGGUGAACAGGGCCUGCCAGGUUUUGACGGAGACAAAGGCGAAAAGGGAGAGGAUGGGCCUGUAGGAGAAAAGGGAGUCAAAGGUGAAGCUGGCUCCAAGGGAGUGAUCGGGCUUUUCGGAACAAGAGGACCAGUGGGACAGAAGGGGGAGCCAGGAGAACCAGGCUUGCCGGGCUCUGCCGGUGCGGCAGGUCUCAAUGGGAAGAACGGAAACAAGGGAGCCAAAGGCGACAGAGGUCUUCAGGGGCAGAAGGGGAAGCCGGGAGGGAAAGGUGAUCCUGGGACCACUGGUGACAUCGGGCAGAAAGGAACAAAGGGCUUACGAGGGCUUCCAGGACGCAUCGGCGCUCCCGGAGUCAAAGGCAUCAAGGGAGAAAUUGGCAGUCCUGGAAAACCAGGGAUCCCAGGAUUGGAUGGACCAUAUGGACCAAAGGGUGAACAGGGAGCGUCAGGGGACAAUGGUACCUCGGGGAUUCCUGGGGAGAAAGGAGAAAAGGGGGCCAAGGGAGUUCCUGGCUUGGGAGGCUUCAAAGGACAAAUGGGAUGGCCUGGGAAGACUGGAGUCGCUGGACCAGAUGGACCUCAAGGGCCACAGGGCGAACCAGGGCCACAGGGUCCACGAGGGAAAAGAGGGAGACCUCAGCUCUGCCUCAGGGGACCCCCAGGCACGGACGGGCGAAAAGGAGAAAUGGGUGAAAAUGGUCCAGCUGGCCAGAAAGGAGAAAAGGGAGAUCCUGGUCUUUCUGAAGAAGAGGUGAAAGAGGUGGUCAGGAGCGAAAUGAGAGGCAGAUGCGAUUGUGGAGGUGAGUUGGGAAGGAUGCUCAUGGAAAGGGGUCUGGAGGAAGCUGAAGUCAACAGGCAGCUCCAAGGGUAUUUUCAGCCUCGGGAACACACCAGAAGGGAUGGUGAAAGCCAGGAAGAAACGCUUAACAAAACUCAGAGCAUGACCACGUUGGUGACUUCAGUGAAGCCCUUCAUGGAACCACCUUCACUUAUUGCAGCGGCUCCCCGGUCACAGCAGAUAACGGGUCCCUCUCAGCACAAGCGGCGAGAAGCCCACAGUCAAUUACCAGCCCCCUGCCUGCAGCCGAUGGAUGAGGGCUCCUGCCGGCACUACGCCCUGCUCUGGUAUUACCACCCAGAGGCAAACGCCUGCCGGCCCUUCAUCUUUGGGGGAUGCCGGGGGAACAACAACCGCUUCGAAACCAAGUGGAAGUGCGAGCGGCGGUGCAAAACCUCAGCAGUCAGAAGGAGGUGAUCAGCUGCAAUUGCCUUGUUUAAAUCAAAGAGAAACUGAGCUGCGAGAAGUGCCUCCAGGACACCUCAGAGACUGGACAAGCAAGACAAACCAUUUAACGUGAAGAGGCAAGGGAUGUUUGAAAAAAGAUGUUGUAAAACUGUAAUGAGCAGGAAAUAAAGUGGUAUGAGGAGAAGAAACACCUGAUUGCUCAGGAAAGUGGAGAUGUCCAGAGGCUCACGACUGUACCACUUGCCCAGUAGGACUACUGUGCCAAACCAGGCAACACAUACCCUGAGUUUAUUUUUGUAAAAUAAAAGUGUGUUAAUG